AUGAAACGCACUGAAGAAGAUUUGCUAACAACAGAAUUUGCUCCCAAGCGACGAGAAGAUUUGCAUAUUCACAAUAAGAAAAUAGGAGAAGUAUCCAAUUGGAUAAAAGCUGCGUUUGCCCAAGAAAAUAGACAUCAACCUGUUUUGUACCUGACGGGACCUACUGGAUCAGGUAAAUCAACUGCUGUCGAAGUUUUGUGCAUGCACCAUAAUGUGGAAUUGAUAGAUUAUUCUCCCGAGCUUCUUUACGAUGAUCAUCUCCAAUAUGAGAAACAUGAUUUGAGCCAACUCACGAAUUUUCUGAUCCGACGACAUGCUAGCUUGAAAAAAGGGUCUUCUAAAAUUGUUCUUUUCGUUUCCGAGCUACCGGAUCAAGCAUAUUUAGAUCCCAUUACCUUCCGAAAUGAGCUUCUUUCUGCACUUUAUGGUCUCAGACAUCCUGUAAUUUUCUGCCUUACCAAUGAUAUAGCAUGUUGGACAUUGAAUCCAGAUAGGUUAUUGACAAAUGACUACAUUCGUACAAAUUAUAUCGACACAAUCACAUUCAAUGCAGUGGCAGUUACGUUUUUGAAGAAAGCGUUGGAUCGAGCAUCGAACCUUCUUCAGACACCAUUAUCUAACUCAAAGCUCUUAAUAAUAGCAGAAGAGUCACGUGGCGAUUUGCGCGCUGCGAUGAAUAUGCUUCAGAUGAAUUCAGUGGGAAAGAAUCCAAAUAGAAGAACUGGGAAGGAUGUGAUUUGUGCAUCGAAGGCAAACAGGGAAGAAGCUUUUCACAUGAUUGGGAGAAUCCUUUAUGCAAAACGUGUCAAUCCGAAUGCUCCUGUAAUUUCGAGAAUCACAAACAAAAAAAGAAAAUCAGUUCCGGUACCAGAGCCAACAGAACGCACAGAUCUGGAGCAUAAUCCGAGUGAUAUCAUUACGAUGUCUAAUAUGCCAUCUGAUAAGCUCAUAGAAUUUUUGUUUGAAAACGAGCACUUCUUUUGUUCGGAUCUCUCCAAAUAUCGCAAAGUCACUGACACAUUUUCCGCUUGUGACUUUAUGAUGGGAGACUGGAGUACCGCCCGUUCGUUACCAGAUGAGUAUGCUUCGGAGAUUGCAGUGAGAAGUGUUAUGUGGCAUAAUUUCAAAGGGCCGAGACCAGUGACUAUGCAGCCAAUCGCUCGUCCUGUAUUGAGAGAACUCAAAAAGCAAAUGGAUUCAACUAGAAAUGAAGUUCAAAAAACCGCUCCAUAUCAAACUAUCAUUGAAAAUAUCACUGAUCCAUUGAGCAUAGAGAAUUUUCUUUCUAGACCUUUAGAAGUCAGUUGGAAACUGGGCAAAGAUCAAAUUGAAGAUAGACUGGAGAAGAGGAAUUCUCUCAACUUCAAAGGUCGAAGUAGACCAAAGAAAAAUAAAAAUUCGAAGAUGCCGAAAGCAACGGAAAAAGUUGAUGAUGAGGAGGAAGAAACGUACACAAUCGAAGAAUCCAGUGAUGAUAGUUUUGAUGAUUUUUAA